ACAUCCCAGAUGAAAAUAGUAAAACUGGGCCGCCCAAAGAACAUGUUCACCAAUUGCGAUGAAGUUACCCACGGAAGGCACUGUACCCGCAAUGAUAAAUCGCUCUCAAUGGUAACGCACGACGUCGUGAGAGUAAUCAGCGAAUCGGGGGAUGGUGUCCUAUACCUUGGCGACGUGUCGCGGAGUAUGUGCUGCCGGCAGAAGCGACGGAUCUACGACGUCACGAAUGUUCUGGAGGGCAUUGGGUUGAUCGAAAAGCAAUCCAAAAAUCACUUCAAGUGGAUAGGACAGGAACUAACGAACGAAUCGGGUUCGGCACGCGGUACGGGCCGCAAGAUCGGGAUUCAGAUGAAGGAACGGCGGAAGUUGGAACUGCGCGAAGCGUGGUACAAUGCGCACAUCGAGAUCAUGCGGAAAAAUAUCGAGCUGUUGCAGAACGAUAAAGCGCUACGAUCGUACUUGUACGUGAGCAGUGAGGACCUGACGGGCGCAAUGGAUGCUGAGCAUCAAAAAGUUCUGGUACUGUGCGGGAAGUAUCCGUGGAAGAUUUCGGACAGGCGUACUGCUCGAUCGCUUUGGGUGAAAUCUUGUGCUGAGAGGUCUCCGUUGGAUAUGUUCGUCCUGCGCGAACAAGCCGGAGCUUGCUACACGCGUCCCAGCAGACGGAUCGCCAUCGUUCGUGGUGGUCCAGAAUCGUACGUGAAGCUGCCGGACGCGCAAGACUCACUGUAUCCCAUCAAACAGCAACCCGACGAGAGGGAGCAUGAGAAGCCGAAAGAUGACGAAACGAUGGGGGGCGAAAGUGAUGGCACAUCCAACCAUGAGGACGGUACCACUCGGCAGCAGCGGGAGCAGUUGGCCCGAUUGCUAAUCGAUCAGCAACCUUACGAGCACAGUAAAUAUCAGGCGAACCGGUGGUUCAAAGGUGGCGUUGGGGAGAAGAUAGAUAAAUCGACCGAACAGAUUCCGUUUAUGGCCAUCGAACCACCGAAUUUCGGUACCUACCACACGGCGUUGACCGCCGACGAAGGUGUGCUCGACCUGUUUGAUCUCGGUUCCCCGUCAGCGGGUGUUAAAGCGGAAGUUAGCGAUCUGGACGUGUGACACGCGGCAUAGGACGACAAAGGACGUGUGAGCACCCUUUGACCACAAGACAAACACCUGUGCAACGCAGGCCGACGCAAGCACCGAUCACCGGACCAUUUGGUGGUCGUGCAUUUAGUUUCAUACGAUAUUUUUAUAUCACGAUACGAAUGCUAGUACUGAGCUAGGAACAAUUAUGCGCCACUUUUCUUCACCCUAAAUUUUUUUCUGA